AUGCCACAGAGUAUUGAAUACGAAGCUUUGUCGCCACUUGGCAGCGAUCUGAAGUGCGAUGGGUACGGCAUCUUCCUUGUCGUUUCGUCGGUGUUGUUCGCUCUGUAUCUUGCGGUACACGCCAAGAAGAACCUCAACAGCCUCUGUCGUCGAGGCUCCUAUGUUGUCGUUACCUAUUAUGCCCUCCUCUGGCUCGUUACGCUCUUAAACCUCGCCUGGUCUUUUCUUCAGGCAUGGCAGUGCUCUCAUGGAAAGGAGGUUGCAUGGAAUCUGCUGUCAUUAUUUACAGCGUCUGGUAUGCUGUGUCUAGAGAUAAGCUUGAUAGCUUUCUUACUGAAGGAUAACUAUAUGAAUGGCAUGGAAGCUCUAGCACACUCUUUCCUUGCAUCAGGAAUUAUUGUCUUUGUGGAUACCCUUCUCAAGGCAAUAUAUGUUUUUGGAUUUGGUGUCCCAUUGUUCAAUCGCCAUGUUGGAAGCGCUCAUACAAUCAAGUGGAGUUUAUGGAUAUUACAUAAACUAUUGCUUGCUGCAGCAUAUGGUUUCAUUUUAUUUGCACAUUUCUCCAAAUGGAGAGAGAAGCUUCCACCGAGACCAGCUUUGUACAACUAUGUUGCUGUGAUGUUUGUCUUCAGUGUGAUUACCCUGUUAGCUUGUGGACUAGCAGGAAUUGGCAUUGGACUCGGCAAUUGGUUGUAUGAUCUCACAGUGCUUUGUUAUCACUCUUUCUAUCUUCCAUUUCUUUACGUAACAUUUCUCGCAGAUUUCUUCCGGGAGGAAGAUUUCCUUUUGGACACUGCAUACUAUUCCGAGAUGAAAGAUGCUGGAUUCUUUGAUGCUGAUUGGGAAUGA